AAAAGUUAUAAAAAUGGAGAAUUCUCUCCUUUUCAUUUUAGUGAAACGUGGCCAAGGACCCUCUGUAACACUUGUGAUUCUCCAAUAUUGAGGAAUGAGUUAUGGAGUUGUUGAAAUUUUUACUAAAGAAUAAGCCAUGCCAAGAAUAUAUGCACGUGACCAUGACACUUAUUGGCUGCCAAGUUUAUGUAGUGCAUCACUUAAAUACAAAGAUAUAAGUGCUUGACACACACUUUUUUGUUAUAUUCACUCUGUUGAGAGAGAGAGAUGGCUGCAGAGAAAAAAGAUGUAGAAAUGGCUUCAGAGAAGGAGGAUAUGCAAAUGAUGGAGACAAAGAAGAAGAAAGGGAGAGGCUGCCAUUUGAAUGACCCAUACCUCAAGGAAUUCCUUGAUGACAACACCAUUGCUGGAAUGAACCACAUCUUUAAGGGCCAAUCUAAGAUAAAGAGGCUAGUAUGGGCUCUCAUCUUCAUUGGAUCGAUGAUUGCUUGCAUCACAUUGAUCAGCAUUAGCUUCAGACGCUUCAUCAAUAAGCCGACCUCUUCCACUAUCACUGUUGUGACUGAGAACACAAAGAGUGGAGUAGAGUUCCCUGCUGUCACCAUCUGCAAUCAUAAUUUGGAGUAUAAUUUGUCCGAUUACAUUAUACGUAACACCUACCUCCUCAUGAACUAUCUCUUCAAUGCGGACGAGAAUUUUCACUUGACUGGAUCUAACUCAUCGUCUGUGAUAAAGCAGUGUCAAGCUCUCGUGGGUGAUGCCCCCAGCGAAAUCCUCAAUGCCACAAUAUGGAAUAUUCAGAAUCCUAGCAAGGCUAUUGAUGAGUUGAUACAUUACUGUGGCUUUAUUGAAGGAGUUAACGGCGAAGUCGAACCUUGCAAAGAUGCUUUUAAACCAGUCCUAACAUCAGCUGGGAUCUGCUUCACACUCAAUGGUAGCGAUCAUGGCAUUCACAGCACUGGUAUAAGAUAUGGGCUGAAGCUAGUAUUGAAUGUACAACAAGAGAAACGACCGUCAUUCAAUGGCAAGUCGGGAAUUAAGCUUGUCAUUCAUAAUGGAGGAGAUAUUGCAAGGCCUAACCUGUAUGGUAUUUCUGUACCACCUGGUCGUGCCAUUGAUGUUGGAGUUCGCAGAAAGGCAACUAAAGAUGAGACAAGUGAAGCUGGUUGCAUUGAUGACAUGGAUCUUCCUUUCUUUCCGAAAGACAAAUUUGACUAUUCUCAAUUUGCCUGUAGAGAAAACGCUAUCAUGGAGCGUAUAGCAAAAAGAAGCAGUUGCAACUGUGUCAUCCAUCCAGACAGACCAUCCACAGGUGCCUACUCAUCCACUCCUAACUGCACUAUGAGCAAUGCAUGCUGUCUCCUCCAUGAAUACAAUACCUUUCAUCCUGAAUCAUCCUCUGAAGAGUGUCCAUUACCAUGUUACUUCUCAUAUUAUGAAUGGACUGCGAGCUAUUCAAGUUUUCCUAAUGGACGCUAUCUUGAUAGACUUGUGAACACCUUGAACAAGUCGGCUGAUUAUAUCAAAAAUAAUUUCCUAUCGGUAAACGUUUUUCUUGACGAUAUACAGCUAACUACCACUAUCACUCAAUACACGUAUGGCCCGGAAGCUCUGCUGGGAGAGAUUGGUGGUCAGCUUGGUCUAUUCAUUGGAGUGAGUAUCAUUACAUUCUUUGAAGUCUUAGUGCUUUGUGUGGAUGAACUCAAGAGGCUCUGCUUUAAACUACAGAUCAUACCGGAGGAGAAAAUAAACAAUCUGGAGAGCAGAAUCACUCUUCCUGAAGUAGAAGAGGAUCAAACAGAAAACUAAGACUAAUUUAUAAUAAGCUUAAAAAAGCUAAGACUGGGCUCCAUUAAUUACAUUAUCCUAUUCUUCACACACACACACACACACACAUAAUAAAGCAUGCACCCCUUCUUGAUAUCAUAAUUUUAAUACACUCAAUUUUUUCCUAAUAUUUUUCAUAAUGGCUCUA